AUGGCCGGAAAUUGAUGUAAAUCAAAUUGACGACACACUGACAGUUAGUUUCCCAUCAUGCUUCUGCCACUUUAGCGGUUUUUCACGGGCACGCGCAUGCUGUGUCUUCUCUUACAGGUUUGGUCCAAUCGGUGAGAGCUGCAGCUACCGCGCGCGCGCCGCAGCUGUAUUCAGUCUUUUUAUUCCUCUACAUUGCGUGUAUUUCAGUACAGUCGAUUUCUGUUAGCGCUACAAGAUAUACAUUCAUACUGGAAACAGUAUAGAUUAUCAAAAUAGGAAAUUACAAUGUGUACUCCAGGAGAAAACACGCUGCUGGGGGAUUGCUGCACAAUGGGCAAAGUAGUCUAAGGCUGUAAUACCAACCAACUCCAUUUGUACCAUGAACAGCACUGCCUGGCCUUUGGACCUUGCAGAUUUUGCUAGGAGCCAAGCCUUCAACAGCACUCUUGGGCAGACUCCUGUCAGCGGCUGGGCCUUGAUCCACACUGCUACUCUGGCCUCCUGCUCUCUUCUCCUCGUCCUUAUCUUCUGCCUGGGCUCUUAUGGCAACUUGGUAGUGUUCCUCUCCUUCUUUGAUCCAGCAUUCCGCAAGUUCCGUACCAACUUUGACUUUAUGAUCCUGAACCUGUCCUUCUGCGACCUGUUCAUCUGCUGCGUUACUGCACCCAUGUUUGCUCUCAUCCUUUUCCUGGACGUCGGGGACAGUGGAGGUGGUGUAUCAAAGGGCUUCUGCUUUGCCUUUCAUCUCACUAGCUCAGGUUUCAUCAUCAUGUCUUUGGAAACAGUGGCAGUCAUCGCCCUGCAUCGGUUGCGCAUGGUACUUGGCCAGCAGCCAAACCAUGCUGCUUCCUUCCCAUGCACUUUGUCCCUCACUGCCCUACUGUGGACUUCUAGCUUCACCCUGGCAGCCUUGGUCAGCUUAAGAGCCUACCCCAGGAGUGCUGGUCCCUGCCUGCCUCACUUUGGUCUCACGGGGAAUCGGGCAAAGGUGGUGUUGUAUGUGUACCUAGCAGAUUUUGCUUUUUGUGUGGGUGUGGUGUCCAUGUCAUAUCUUCUGAUUGCACAGGCACUGCGAAAGAAUGCCCUGGUUCGGAAGUGUUCUGUUAUCAUGGUGGGUGCCACAGGUCCCCCAGCCGCUCCUCCAGCCUUCAUUGCUGCUGGAUUUGAGGGCAUACAGUGUGCUGUCCAGGUGCCCUCACUAUAUCGUAACCAGACCUACAACAAGCUUCAGCAUGUUCAGACACACCCCUUUACAAAGAGUAGCAAUCGGGCCCUGGUGUCCAGGGCUGCCACACAUGCUACCUGCUGUCAGUUUGUUUCCAACCUGUCCACAGCCAAGGAUUCCAAGGCUGUAGUGACAUGUGUGGUCAUAGUCAUAUCUGUACUUCUGUGCUGCCUGCCCAUGGGUGUGGCUUUGGCACAGGAUGUUUUGUCGCCUGAGAACAGCUUCGUUCACUACCAGUUUGAGCUGUGUGGAUUUGCUCUGAUCUUUCUCAAGUCGGGCAUAAACCCAUUUGUUUACUCCAGGAACAGUGCUGGCUUGCGACGCCGUGUGCUCUGCUUCCUCCAGUGGCUGGCAUUUGGCUCCUUCUGCUGCAAGCACAAGACCCGUUUGCAUGCCAUGGGCAAGGGAAACCUGGAGGUAAACCGCAAUAAGUCCUCACACCAUGAAACCAACUCGGCCUAUAUGCUCUCGCCAAAGCCGCAGAGGAGGCUGGUGGACCAGGCAUGCGGGCCUAGCCAGUCUCGGAACAGCAUGCCCAGUAUGCGCGCCACAACUGAAUGCAAAUCCCAUCCUCCUAGCACCUCCACACCCAUCAACACCCGCAUAGAGCCCUACUAUAGCAUCUACAAUAGCAGUCCCUCAGCUGGACCCAGUUCUCCGAACAGCCUGAAGCCAGUGAACUCUCAGACUACAGGCUUUGCUAAGAGCUUCAUGGCCAUGCAUUAUCACAUCCACCAGGAGGCACUGCAGGACUUUGACAGUACCUCAGCCCAUCAGAUCCCCACACCAUCAGUAUGAAUGCUGUACUGCUUCUAAGCAUAUAUGGAGCAAUAGAAUUGCAGUGUUUGCUUACAUGAUAUACAAGAGAAUGUACAUUGUUCAUUUGUGGUUUUUCAGUGCUGGACUUUGAGAGGCUGUGCACAUUUAAACAGAGUUGAUGGUAAUGCAGACUAUCCACAAAGUGUUACUGAUGUUCCUUGACUUAAGGAUAUUCUAUUUUUACACUGACAUGGAGUUGGUGGCGAAAGUGUCUUUUCAUUAAGAUAAAGUAUUUGUGAAAUUGUUAUACAUUUAAUGUCGUAUUAAAUGUUUUGCAAGUGUA